AUGACGACUCCAGGAGGAUCGCAACCUUCAGCAGCAGUGCAAGAGUUUAAGAUACGAGUGCCCAAGAAUAUUAAAAAGAAAUACCAUGUGAUGCGGUUUAAUGCAACACUAAAUGUGGACUUUGCAAAAUGGACGCAUGUGAAAAUGGAACGAGAAAACAAUAUAAAGGAAUUCAAGGGGAUUGAAGAGGAAAUGCCAAAGUUCGGUGCAGGCUCGGAGUAUGGAAGAGAUAUGCGUGAAGAGGCGCGACGGAAAAAGUUCGGCAUCAUAUCGCGGAAAUAUAAACCUGAAGACCAGCCUUGGAUUCUCAAAGUUGGCGGCAAGACUGGUAACAAAUCUGUUUUCAGGUUCAAGGGCAUCCGUGAGGGUGGGGUUUCGGAGAAUGCGGCGUAUUACGUGUUCACGCACGCGGCAGAUGGCGCUAUCGAUGCUUACCCCUUACAGGAGUGGUACUAUUUCCAGCCGAUACAAAGGUACAAGGCACUGUCGGCUGAAGAAGCGGAGCAUGAAUUUGGAAAACGCAACAAAGUGAUCGACUACUAUUCGCUGAUGUUGCGGAAGCGGAUGCGCGGCGAGGAGGGCCUCGAUGAUGCAGAGGACCCCGACGAGAAGAAGCCCAAGGGCUCCAAGGCCAAGAAGGACCUGAAGAUCUCGGAUAUGGACGAGUGGAUCGACUCCGACGACGACUCUUCAGACUCGGAGCCCGCAGAGAAGGACAACGAUAGCGACUCCGGCGCAAAGAAGAAAAAGGACAAGAAAGCGGCCGCGAAUAAGAACAAGAAGAAGAAGAAAGUGGAAGAUGAGGCUUUCGAGGAGAGCGACGAUGGUGACGAGGAAGGCCGCGAAAGGGACUACGUAUCUGACUCCUCCGAGAGCGACUCGGACCACGAGACGAAGGCCAAUAAAGAGCUGAAAGGCGUCGCCGAAGAGGACGCGCUCAGGAAACUGUUGACCUCCGACGAGGAUUCUGAGGAGGAACAAGAGCAGAAACAGGAGUCCGAGCAGGAGGACGAGCCGACUAAGGAGGGAGAGGAGCGCGCCAGCAAGCUCACCAAGAAGAGCAAGAAGAAGCCAGAGGACGGCAAGAAAGAUUCCAGCAGUGAGUUCAGCUCGGAUUCGGACUCGGACCCUGAGGCCGGCGCCAAGAAGCCGAAGAAGUCCAAGAACAGCGCCGACAAGGCCGCCGCAGCCAACUCCUCAGCGCCCGGUUCGGCGAGCACCUCCCGCGCGGGCACCCCGCAGCCGGGCGCGUCGGGCGCGGCGGCCGCGGUGGCGGCGGCCAACGCGGCCAACAGCCAGCCGCCCACCAAGCGGCCCAAGCUGGACCCCGCUUACAUGUUAGUGGCACGCCCCCUCAACCAUCUUUAUCCGUAUUCCCUC